AUGGAGAUUCAUGAGAGAUGCCUCAUGCUAGAUAUACCUAGAUCUAACGAACAGAAUGUUGAACUGGAAGCAGAGAAGAGGGCAAAUGAUGAGCUUCGUGUCCAAGUGGCUGAUUUGUCAAAGAAAGUGCAAGAAUAUGAGGAGGCAAGGAUCAGGGACGAAGAGGAGAUGAAGAAGAAUCAAUCUGAUAUGGAAGCAAAACUUGAACUUGUGCUAAAUCAAUUUCAACCAAGUUAA